AUGCCUUCUAGGGUCGAGCCAAGUGCUCCACAGAACAUUUCCAUUACCCCACUACUACGAAGAUUAUGGCCAUCACCAGGUGCUGCCAAUGUCACGGCAGAAGAGAUUGCUUUGGCGAUUUCACAUAUCUUCACAGACCAAUUAUCUCCAGUCCAAAUAGGCGCACUUCUUACUUGCCUGCAUUUCACUGGCUGGGAUCGGAGAGCGGAUGUCAUUGCAAAAUGCGCUGAGGCCAUGAGAGAGGCGGCUUCCCCAAUUGACAGUCAAACAUUGGGAAAGGUGCUGAAAGCUCGAGGAAGGCCGGAAGGUGAUUAUAACGGAGGGCUUUGCGAUAUUACGGGAACAGGGGGUGAUUCUCACAACACAUUCAAUAUCUCCACUACCUCAUCUAUUCUGGCAUCAUCAAUUCUUCUCCUAAGCAAACAUGGCAACCGAGCCUCUACAUCCAAGUCAGGCUCGGCGGACUUGCUUACUUCCACUCUUCCAACCCCCCCUAAUCUCAUGGCGGUCACCCCUGAGACUAUUCACAGGGUAUAUGAAAAGACCAAUUACGCUUUUCUCUUUGCCCCUGUCUUUCAUCCAGGCAUGAAGUAUGUGGCUCCAAUUCGCAAAGAGCUCGGAUGGAGAACCAUUUUCAAUUUACUCGGCCCACUUGCCAAUCCCGUCGAAGCUAGUAUUGAAGCUCGUAUUCUAGGUGUGGCUCGAAGGGACAUUGGACCCGUUUUCGCAGAUGCCUUGAAAAUGGGCGGAGCAAGAAAAGCCAUGGUCGUGUGUGGCGAGGAGGAUCUUGAUGAGAUUAGUUGCGCAGGGAAAACUUAUUGCUGGAGGUUAGCCGAUCGCUCAACGCACAACCCCUCGUCGCCUGAGGAUGUUGAUAUCGAAAGUUUCACUCUGUGUGCUGCUGACUUUGGGCUACCGGCCCAUGCCUUGGAAGAUGUCUCCGGUGGCAAGGAACCACAUGAAAAUGCUGAGAUUUUGAAAAAGCUUUUGCAAAAUCAAUUACCAAGGGAGGAUCCAAUUUACGAUUUCGUCCUCAUGAACACAGCGGCGAUGUUUGUUGUGUCCGGGGUAUGCGAGGUUGAUAGUAGCAACAUGGGCCAUGGGGAUGAUGGAAAGGUUAUUACGGAAAGAGGCCCCGGCGGAGGAAGAUGGAAAGAGGGUGUUCGACGAGCAAGGUGGGCUGUGGAGAGUGGCGAAGCCUGGAGACAGUUCACACAAUUUGUGGAAAUCAGCAAUAGCUUGGGUAGAGAGAGCUAA